CAGCGGAAGUUAAUGGUAUGACUACUUCCUUGACAACCGAGCGAGUCCCUGACAACCGCUGCAGCAACUCGCUAGAAUAAUGACGGAAAUAAACGUUGGGAAAAAGUCCCUUUGGCAACAAAGCUGCGAAGAGUAUGAAGCUGAGCAGCGCAGUGCUGUGUGGCCUGAAAGCAGCUCAAUGUGCACCCAGUUCCCCCAGUACAGCGCCAGCACACGCUCCGCUGUGUUCAACAGACUCCCCACAGCCACGGUGUUUGUGGAUGAAGACGCUCUCCUCUGCUCCUCUGCUUUUGGAAAACCUCGCUCCACAAGCCACAAGCGCCCAUCAACCGCUGAAACCACAUCGCCUCCACAACUACAUGAACGUCCUGUUCCACGCUUUCUAGAGAGGAGAGUGUUUCCGGUGUUGUUGCCUGGACUUGAGGCUUUGCUGAAAGAAGCCCAGAAACAUGGCUGUUUCGAGAGGGUAAAAACAGCCUUUAACCCAUGUGACUUCAUGACGGAGUGGCUCUACAACCACAACCCCCACAGACAAGAACAGGGCCCGGUGAACUUCCAUGACAUCCCUUUUGUCAGAGACUAUCUCAGCGUGCACCCCAGGUCUCCCCUCCCUCUGUAUCUGCUGCUGAGUGAGGAUCAAGCUGCUCUGCUCAUCCAGGCUUUCUGGAGGGGAUACAAGAUCAGAGCACGGCCAGAUGUGCAGGAACUGCGCCGGUGGCAGAGAGAGCUGAGAGAGAACAGCGACAUCGGUAAAACGGUUGAGAAGUUCUGGGCGCAGCUAGAGAGCCGAGUGGGCUCUGCCAUGACAUCUCCUCCGCCCGGCGACUUGGAUGUGUCCAUCCAGGUGGUUUCCCCCACCCCCCAGAGCACCGUGGCUCACACCCCCACCCCUGAGAUGACCCCUGACGGCGUCGAGAGGCUGACCCUCCUGCCUCUGCAGCGUGGAGAAAACGGCCCCAGCGCGUUUCUCGACUGAUUGCACGGCUGCUUCCGUCCUUCUUCACCUGGAACUCAAAGCCUGAGAUAAAUGAUUACCUUGUUCCCGUGCACAACCUUUUUUGUUGUUGUUGUUGUUGUAUAGGCUAUUGAACUGUGUGAUGGUGAUGUGAAACUGACCUACCGAUCAGUCAAACAAGCCAUUAAAGUCCCCUGUAGGGAUUUACGUGCUAUGAUUCGUGUCUAAUUAGUUGAUUGCGUUCAUUGCUUUUGUGAUGGAUUCCUUCACCCGACAAAUGAACAACAUAUAAAUACGGUUCAUAAAUCAUUACUUGUCCGGCCGAAGCUUCUGGUAACAGACUUAAUACUUCAAUGCAGCAACUCUAGCUGAUAUUUAAAUGUUAUUACCCUAAUUUGUCAAUUCCUUUCUUCUUAGCAAUACAUAUCACUUGACAAAAGAAGUCGUUGCCUUUUCAUUCAAGCCAGAAAUUGAGGCCAAAGACGAGUCAGCGUGCGGAGGAGAACUUUCUAAGAAAUGAUCCCGUCGGGUAAACGGGGAAUAAAAAAAACUAAAAAAAACUUCACUGGUGGGUUAUUGUCAUGUGACAAAGCAGCAAGAACAUGUGACAUCAGACGUUCUCCUACAGACUUUCUGUUUUAGAAGAACAUCGAGCACAUGACAUAAAAUACCAACAUCACAAUGAAAAGAAACAUUAUCCCAAUCUUGCAAAUCUGACAAGUAUGUUAACAUGGUGCUGUCUGUGUGUUGGUUACUGUUUUUAUUCAGAGAGUCUUUUGUAAGAUGCAACUAAAGGUUUCACAUUUACCAUUUUGCCCCUGAUGGCAUCGAUUUCAACUGAACCAACAUUGUCAACUUGAGCUUUUGUUUUCUUAAAUGUUAGAAAACGGUAAUGUAAGGUUAAUAAUAACAUUUUAUUAUCAGAAAUGUUCAGGACAAAAGGACAGGACGCUGCUCUACAACAGGUCUUUAAUCUCCGUCAUGCCAACUCAAAAGACUGCUCAGGUUGUCCUGUAUUCUACUGACUGUGUGUCACUUAAACUGGGUGAAUGCAGUGCAUUCCUGGCUCGUUUCCAUCAACUACCUGAGUGGAUACUUCUGGCUUCUCCCUUCCGUGUCUCUGCAGAGCGAUGAGGCGCCGCCGUUCUUGUGAUGGACAGUUUCCUGAACUGGUCCCCGAUGCACACCGCCUCGCGGUGAGGCACGAGGAGGCUCGUGUAUCUCUCUCCUCGCAGCUCCACGGAGUCUGGCAGCGCCGGACCCGACUGAAACCAAAUCACACAGCAGCAGCAGGCUGAGAGAGCAGAGCCGCAGUGGAAGUGUAGAAUAUAACUGUGUUUACUCGUGGAGUGUAAUCCUGUGUGGGUAUAUAUAUGUGUGCCACAAACAUUGUUCAAAACCCUUUAAACAUGCAGUGAGUUAUAUGACUAUAUAUAUAUUAGAAGUGUAUUGUUGUAGCAUUCCCCAUUUAAUACAUAUCCUUAUCUCACCCAGAUUAACAGUGUCCUUUAGGGGAAAGAAAAGUACAAAAAAAAAAAAAAGAUGUAUUAUUCCAGAAUAAUCCGGUGUGUCUGCAUCACUACCAGGGAAAAAACACCACAUCCAAAUCGGAGUUAACUACAAACAUGACACUUUAUUGUACUUAUUUUUUCCUGAUUCAGUUACAGAAACAUGAGUUCACCGUUUAUUCUUUUGUUUUGUUUUUUCAUGUAAUCAGGGCAAUCAAGUUCUAUACAUAGGCAUGCUGCGUCACUGCACAGUCACAGCUGUGAAAACCAACACCACCCUGUUCAGCUGCCCCGCUGGAACAGUCUGAAGGCAAGACAAAUCAGGAGAGGACAGAAAGGACACGUCAAACCCAGCGAGGAUGGGUGUUCAGUGGGCUGCCCAGGGAUGACAAAUUGAACAUAUAGAAGUUUUGUGCAAAUUUCACCACAGUCUAUUUGAUUUUGAACACAGAGACAAUAUCAGUCCGAAGAUUCUCUUUUUUUUUUCCCCCCUCGAGUCUUCAAACUAACAGAGGAAGUCUUGUUAGGUCCAGUGAUGAUGCCGUGUUGAAUCAUACUAUUUUGGACCAUUUUCCCCUGACUUUAAUCUCUUUGCUUCUCAAGAGCCAGCUCUCUUUUUUUGUGUUUUAAGAAAGCACAGACAGUAAGUGUGUCAUCUGAUAUACAUCGAAAUUAUGAUUGCUGUCACAUGACCUUUACAUAAACAGUUAGUAUUCAAAAGUACGUCUGAGAAAGGUCUUACAUGUAGAAAUGGUGAUAAACAUGCACAGAUAGGUAGUCGACAAGUGAUCUACAGAGUCACACUGAGUGAAAACAUCGCAAGAACUGAAACCUCCCUCCGCCGAUCAAAGUGUUACUGCUGACCAUCCAAAACCCUGAGGACCGUUGUUCUCUGGUGGGGUGCGCUCUCUUUGGGCAUCGAGGUGCCCCGAUGAAACCAGUCCGGUUUAAGAACAGCCAGGUGAAUGUACAGCGGCGGUCAAGGAUCGACCCUUCGGCUCUUCCUGGUCGAGGGUUGGCGUCAUCCUGGUGACUGUUGGUGGCUCCUUGCAGUUUUUUUCCACCCUGCCUCCUCUAACUUUGAAUAAUAGUAUUGAAGGAUGAUUUGUUUACUGCAUUAAGUACCAACAAUUAUUCACAGUCAGUAUAAUUUUGGGGGAAAAUAAAUUGGUUUGUAUCCCUGUAGCCGUUACAGUGAAGAGCAGCGCAGAUCCCUAUGAAUGACAAAUAUUUCUUUGAACAUUAACCCCCCCCCAAAGAAAGCAUGUCUAUUGUUGGCAAAACAUUU